UUUCAGGCCUGAGAAACCGUUGCGCUUCUGAGGAGACGCCUCAACCCGCAGUUCCUACAGCGCUAGGAGCUUCCGCCUCGGCCACCUCCAUCACCCGCAUCACCAUGGGAGCAGUGCUGGGCGUCUUCUCCCUCGCCAGCUGGGUUCCAUGCCUUUGCGGUGGUGCAUCAUGUUUGCUGUGUAGCUGCUGUCCCAACAGUAAGAAUUCCACUGUGACUCGCCUCAUCUAUGCUUUCAUCCUCUUCCUGGGCACUAUUGUAUGUUGUAUCAUGUUUCAUGAAGGGAUGGAAACUCAGCUGAAGAAGAUUCCUGGAUUCUGUGAUGAAGGACUUAAAACCAAGGUGGCUGAUAUAAUCAUGGAUAAACAUUGUGAUGUGCUGGUUCGUUAUAAAGCCGUAUAUCGAAUCAACUUUGCCUUGGCCGUCUUUUUCUUUGCCUUCUUUCUGCUCAUGUUAAAAGUGAAAACGAGUAAAGAUCCCAGAGCAGCGAUACACAAUGGGUUUUGGUUCUUCAAAAUUGCUGCCAUUGUUGGUAUCAUGGUUGGAUCUUUCUAUAUCCCUGGGGGCCACUUCACCACAGCCUGGUUUUUUAUUGGCAUGGUGGGGGCUGCCUUCUUCAUCCUCAUCCAGCUGGUGCUGUUGGUGGACUUUGCUCACUCUUGGAAUGAAUCAUGGGUAAAUCGAAUGGAAGAAGGGAACCCAAGGUGCUGGUAUGCGGCUUUACUGUCUGUCACAAGCAUGUUUUAUAUCCUGUCAAUCAUCUCUGUCAUAUUGCUCUACACAUACUACACCAAACCAGAUGGCUGCACAGAAAACAAGUUCUUCAUCAGUUUUAAUCUGAUCCUUUGCAUUGUGGUUUCUAUUAUGUCAAUCCAUCCAAAAAUUCAGGAACACCAGCCUCGUUCUGGCCUCCUGCAGUCCUCUAUCAUCACCCUCUACACCAUGUACCUCACAUGGUCAGCCAUGUCCAAUGAACCUGAUCAUUCCUGCAACCCUGGCCUAUUGAGCAUCAUUAUGCACAUGACCUCACCAACCUUGGCUCCUGCAAAUGCAACUGCUCUUGCCCCUACUCCUGCUGCACCGUCGCAGAGUGGGCCUUCUCUGAAUAAAGAGAACUUUAUUGGGCUGGUGGUCUUUGUUCUCUCCCUUUUGUAUUCUAGCAUCCGCAAUGCCAGCAAUAGCCAAGUAAGCAAGCUGACCCUGUCAGGAAGUGACAGCGUGAUCCUCCGUGAUACGACUGCCAACGGCGCCAGCGAUGAGGAAGAUGGACGGCCUCGGCGGGCUGUGGACAACGAGCGAGAGGGCGUGCAGUACAACUACUCCAUAUUCCACCUCAUGCUCUGCUCGGCUUCCUUGUACAUCAUGAUGACCCUGACCAACUGGUACAGCCCUGAUGCAAACUUCCAGACCAUGACCAGCAAGUGGCCAGCUGUGUGGGUCAAGAUCAGUUCCAGCUGGGUCUGCCUCCUCCUCUACGUCUGGACCCUUGUGGCUCCGCUCGUCCUCACCGGUCGAGACUUCAGCUGAAGCUCUGAGUGCCAAGGACACACUGAAAUUCAUAAAGGUCUCCUUUGCUGAAAGCUCACAUCCCUUUUACUUUUGCUUCAACUAAUAUAUUAAGCAAACUCUCUGCAAAUAAGACUAUAUCCAGGUUUAUAUCAGAGGGCAAGAGUGAAUGAUGCUUGAUGCAGGAUCAGAACUUUUCGUUUAUAUCUAUAUUAUGUUUAUUUGUAAGGAUAUAGAGUAAAAGGAACGUUUUGCCUUUUAAAGUGAACUACAGCUGUGCUGUGAAGAGAGUUCUUUAUUAAGACUUAUAGGUUCCUACAACUUUGAUUUAACAUGUAAGACAGAAAAAUGUUGGAUAUUUGAGGCUGUCGUUAAUAUAUUUCUAUUGCAAAAUCUUUAAAAAGCAUAGUAAUUAUAAUAAUGCAUUUCUAUGACAGUUUUCUUCUGUGAAAGUCUUGUGUGAAACAAGCUCUUUGUUCAGUCCUUAAACUCAUAGUGCUUGGGGAGAGGAAUACAUGUGUGGGUCUUGCCCCAGAAGAGGGGUUGCUAGUAUGGCUACUGUUUCUAUAUCUUGAGUUUUUUCGUUUACUUUUUUUUAUACUACAGUCUUGAUGCUGCUUGAUUUAAGCCUGUGGCUUUGCCAGAAAUGUUAAUUUCAAUUAAAUGCUUUGUAGGUUUGGUUAAACUGAAGAUUCACUUGGGAAAACCGUGCAACUUUAGUCUGUGUAAUUAUCUUGUUAUGAGUAUGUAAAAGUAUAAUGCAUGUGAAUUUAUUAUUUGCACUAUAAAGGUAUUUGAUUAAAAUAGAAA